UCCGCUUAAAUUAUCCGGAGAACAGCAGAAGACUCACCACUCAAUUUACUGAUCGGACAUUCUCAUUCCAGCGACCGCGACGUGACUCAUUAUCUUCUGAGUUCGUAUAUAAUCUUUCUCUCAGAGCAAUCGCUCAUUCUCUUUGUCUCUAUCCCUCAGCAGCAGAAAGUACCCCACCAUGGACGCCAUCAAGAAGACCUUCGCGCAAUGCAAGAAGGAGGGCAGGUCUGCCCUCGUCACCUAUGUGACUGCCGGGUUCCCCACCGCACAGGAAACGCCCGAUAUCAUGCUCGGAAUGGAGGCCGGUGGCGCUGAUAUCAUCGAGCUUGGGAUGCCCUUCACCGAUCCGAUUGCGGACGGUCCCACGAUUCAAAAGGCCAACACGCAAGCCCUCAAAAAUGGUGUCAACACGAUCGAUGUACUCCAGAUGGUUCGCGAUGCGAGGAAGCGUGGUCUCAAGGCACCUGUCAUGCUGAUGGGAUACUACAACCCGCUGCUCAGCUACGGUGAAGAGCGCAUGCUGCAGGACGCGAAAGAGGCAGGCGCCAACGGCUUCAUCAUUGUGGAUCUCCCGCCCGAGGAAGCCCUCCGCUUCAGGAACUACUGCCGCACCUAUGGGCUGUCUUACGUCCCGUUGAUCGCUCCUGCUACGUCGGAAUCCCGUAUGCGUGUCCUGUGCAAGAUCGCUGAUUCCUUCAUUUACGUCGUCUCACGCAUGGGCGUUACUGGCGCCAGUGGUACCAUGAACGCUGCUCUUCCGCAAUUGCUCGAACGCGUACACAGGUUUUCCGGAAACAUACCCGCCGCAGUCGGAUUUGGUGUCAGCACACGCGAUCACUUCGUGAGCGUCGGGAAGAUUGCAGAGGGCGUUGUCAUUGGCAGCCAGAUCGUCAACAUUAUCGCUGAAUCUGCUCCUGGUGAAGGCGCCAAGGCCGUUGAGAAGUACUGCGAUGAGAUCUGCGGAAAAAGUACCCGUGCGACCAGCACGACUCGUGAAGUUGGUAUCAUUGAGACUCUGGAUGCUGCCAAGGAACCCACUGAGGUCCACGUUGACAAAGUCAUCACUGAUGCCGAUGUUCCUGACGGUCCUGGACUUGCCGACCAGAUGGAGGCUCUCAACGCAGACCUGGGCAGUGCGAAUGAAAGCGCGCUUCCCGCCCGAUUUGGAGAGUUUGGCGGGCAGUACGUGCCAGAAUCACUCAUGGACUGCCUUGCAGAGCUUGAGAGGGGCUUUAACGAUGCGAUAAACGACCCGAAGUUCUGGGAAGAAUACCGGUCUUACUUCGACUACAUUGGGCGCCCCGGCCAUUUGCACUUGGCCGAACGCCUUACAGAGCAUGCUGGUGGUGCCAAUAUCUGGUUAAAAAGAGAGGAUCUGAACCACACUGGCAGUCACAAGAUCAACAACGCACUCGGCCAGAUCCUUGUCGCGAAACGACUUGGAAAGACUGAGAUUAUCGCGGAGACUGGAGCCGGUCAGCACGGUGUUGCGACUGCUACAGUUUGUGCCAAGUUCGGCCUGAAGUGCACCAUCUACAUGGGUGCUGAGGAUGUCAGGCGCCAGGCCCUGAACGUCUUCCGCAUCAAGCUACUCGGCGCACAGGUCGUCGCUGUCGAGGCUGGUUCCAAGACGCUGCGCGACGCAGUCAACGAGGCCAUGCGGGCUUGGGUGGUCAACCUCGACACCACGCACUACCUUAUCGGCUCGGCGAUUGGACCUCAUCCGUUCCCUACCAUUGUCCGCACAUUCCAGUCGAUCAUUGGAAAUGAGACGAAGCUGCAGAUGCAAGAGAAGCGCGGCAAGCUGCCCGACGCGGUGGUCGCCUGUGUGGGUGGCGGCAGCAACGCCGUUGGCAUGUUCUAUCCCUUCUCCAAGGACCCGUCGGUUAAGCUCCUUGGCGUCGAAGCUGGUGGUGAAGGUAUCGAUACCGACCGCCAUAGUGCUACACUGAGCGGGGGCACGAAGGGUGUUCUCCACGGUGUCCGCACCUACAUUCUCCAGAACAAGCAUGGACAGAUCACGGAUACGCACUCAGUCUCUGCUGGUCUCGACUAUCCCGGUGUAGGACCCGAGCUUGCUUCCUGGAAGGACAGCGAGCGCGCCAAGUUCAUCGCGGCCACGGAUGCUGAGGCAUUCAUGGGAUUCCGUCUCAUCUCGCAGCUUGAAGGCAUCAUCCCCGCGCUUGAGACUGCGCACGCAAUCUGGGGUGCCCUCGAGCUGGCCAAGACGAUGGAGAAGGGGCAGGACAUUGUCAUCUGUUUGUCUGGCAGAGGUGACAAGGACGUGCAGAGCGUGGCCGACGAACUGCCUAAGCUGGGACCCCAGAUCGGCUGGGACCUCCGCUCAAACACGCUGGACCGCAUCGCCCAGCACCUCGACGGCCCGCACGACAACGCCUUUGAGCUCCAGGAGCUUCCCCGACGCACCGACAGCGACCGAAAGGACGUAAAGAGGGCACGUAAGAGGCGGGAGAAGCUCGAGCAGCUUCGUGCGGCCGACGAGAUGAAAUUCUCGCACAGCCUGCAGUUCAAUGCGGUGCCGGACUGGAGCAACCACUACAUCGCCUACAGCAAUCUCAAGAAGCUCAUCUAUACGCUCGAGGCGCGUCUGAACCAGCAGGCCCCUGCCGUCGACGCCGAGUCCUCGCCCCUGCUGAACGGCGCCCCCGACGACCCUGACAAGGUUUUUACGCGCGCCCUCGACGUCGAGCUCGAGAAGAUCUGCUCCUUCUACCAGAUCAAGGAGAGCGAGGUCUAUGCCGAGGUCCACGAUAUACUGCAGGAUGAGGAGAGCUAUGAGGAGGAGCAGGAAGUAUACGAGCACGAGCGCGAGACGAUGCCGAGGAAGGGCCGCAGUGGGAGCAUCUUCAAGGCCAUUGGCUUCAACCGCGCGCGAGGCGGCAGCACGGCCAGCAAGACAUCUACCAUAACCGAAGAAGACGAAGACUCCGACGACGGCGCAAACGAGACGUCGCUGCUGCGGCGGAGGAGCGAGGAUGGACACCGCCAACGGCGCCACUCGGGCGACAACUACGAGGUGGCUUCGUCCCGCCGGAGGACCAGCCAGGUCUUCGAUGACUAUAACGACAUGUCCUUCUCGGUCCUCUACGACAGGGGCGUGUCGCUCAAGCAAAGGAUAGUCAGCAUCUACGUGUCGCUGUGCGAGCUGCGGUCGUUCCUCCAGCUCAACAAGACCGGGUUCGAAAAGGUCCUGAAAAAGUACGACAAGAUCAUGGAUAGGAAACUCAAGAGUGCAUAUCUCGAAGAGCACGUCUACCCCGCAGAACCUUUCCAGAAGGGCACAAUGGACAAGCUCACCCAGUAUCUGUCUCGCAUGGAAACCAUCUAUUCGCGCAUAUGUACCAAGGGAGAUGUGGAGGAAGCAAAGCGGGAACUGAGGCUACAUUUGCGAGAGCACGUCGUCUGGGAGCGUAAUACUGUCUGGCGUGAGAUGAUUGGUAUCGAGCGCAAAGCCCAGAGCGCCAAUAUCGGUCUCACACAACUGCUCGGCCGUGACUCUGAUCCGAACCAGGUCCGUCGCCAGGGAGACGAAGUCAAUGCGCAGCUCACCGAGGUCAAGACGCCCAUUGGCAAAUAUAGGUGUCCUGCGUGGCUGCUUAGCUCCCAGUUCUGGACCGGUAUCUUCAUCCUUGCCAUCUUUGUCGUACUGUUGGUGGUCCCUAUCAUGGAGAAACCAGAGCAGCAAAACUGCCUGGCUAUGGUGGUAUUCGUCAGCUUGCUGUGGGCUACCGAGACGAUCCCUCUCUUCGUCACCUCUCUCCUUGUGCCCUUCCUUGCUGUCACUCUUCGGGUUGUCCGCAACGAUGAUACUGGCAGGCGGCUUGAGACGAAGCCUGCGACCACCUAUGUCUUCGCCGCCAUGUGGACGCCUGUGAUCAUGCUUCUUCUCGGUGGCUUCACCAUCGCAGCGGCUCUGUCAAAGUACAACAUUGCCAAGAUCAUGGCUACCUUUGUGCUCAGCAAAGCCGGCACCAGGCCUCGCACUGUGCUACUCACCAAUAUGUUUGUUGCCAUGUUCGCAAGCAUGUGGAUCAGUAAUGUUGCUGCUCCUGUUCUGUGCUUCUCCAUCAUCCAGCCCAUUCUCCGCAACCUUCCUUCCGAAUCGAACAUGACUAAGGCGCUGCUCCUCGGUAUCGCCCUAGCAUCAAACAUGGGCGGCGCCGCCUCUCCCAUUGCUUCGCCGCAGAACCUCAUCGCCCUCCAGAACAUGUCCCCAGAACCGUCAUGGGGCAUUUGGUUCUUCAUCGCGCUUCCUGUCUGCAUCAUCUCCAUCCUACUCAUCUGGUUACUUCUCCUCGUGACGUUCCAGCCUGGUCGCAACACCACCAUCGUGCCGAUCAAGCCUGUUAACGACAAGUUCACCGUGACGCAAUGGUUCAUCUGCGUUGUCACUCUGGCCACCAUUAUGCUCUGGUGCGUAAGCCAUCAACUCGAGCCUAUCUUCGGCGACAUGGGCGUCAUCGCCAUUAUCCCCAUCGUCCUCUUCUUUGGUACUGGCAUCCUCAACAAGGAAGACUUCAACAAUUUCCUGUGGACUAUCAUCAUUCUUGCCGCCGGUGGUCUAUCUCUGGGUAAAGCAGUCAACUCCUCCGGUCUGCUGCACACCAUCGCAGAGUCGAUCACAAGCAAUGUAGAGGGCAUGAGCCUCUACGGCGUCCUCGUCGUCUUUGCAGCACUCAUCUUGGUGGUUGCGACGUUCAUCAGCCACACUGUUGCUGCGCUGAUCGUGCUGCCUCUUGUGCAGCAGGUCGGACAGAGCAUGGCCGAGCCGCAUCCGAAUCUGCUCGUUAUGGGCAGUGUGCUUAUGGCUAGUGCAGCGAUGGGAUUACCGACUAGUGGGUUCCCGAAUAUGACCGCCAUCAUGAUGGAGGACCAGCGCACCGGACAGCGCUAUCUCAACGUCAAACAUUUCCUCACUCGAGGCGUACCUGCCUCGCUCAUUGCUUUUGUUGUCGUCAUUACUGCUGGGUACGGGCUGAUGCUUGCUGCAGGCUUCUGAUUUAGUGUCUGCAUAUACCUUGUAUUUAACUCGCAUGUAAUACGUACCGCUGGGAUCUGCGAGCUUUGUUUGGAGCGACUCAUGCAUCAACCGGCGUUGAAACAUCUUCAAGAUCUGGACGAUUAUAGUGUCUUUGGGAGGUGAUGCCUUUUAGUAUAGCAAGUAGAAAGUGCAGCAAUGAGGGUCAUUUGGCAUAUGCU